GCCACAACCACUAUCACCGCCGCAGCCGCUGCCGACAUGUUCCAGGGGCGGGAGAAUGAGGGCGGCAAGUCAAGCUCCAGGGUAAUGAAACCCCCUGGAGGAGACUCAAGCAAUCUCUUUGGAACUCCAGAAGAAGUUAUUCCUUCAAAUAGACCAAAUAGAAUGGCAUCUAAUAUCUUUGGAGCAUCUGAGGAACCUCAGAAUACACCCAAAAGGUCAAAUCCUCCAGGAGGCAAAGGAAGUGGUAUCUUUGAAGAGCCUACUCCUGUGCAGGCUCGAUAUCGUUUGAAUCCCCCUGGUGGGAAGACCAGUGACAUCUUUGGGUCUCCAGUCACCAUUACUGCGCCCUUAGCCCACCCAAACAAGCCCAAGGAUCAUAUUGUCUUAUAUGAAGGUGAGGACACAAAAUCGCAACUUAGAGCUACAGAGAAUACACAAUCUUCAAAAGAAGAACAUGAUGAGAAAUGUGAUAAAGGAAAGGAGGAACGAGCCAAGGAAACUGAGUCUAAACUCAAGAUCGACAACCAUGAGCCCAGGUUGGGCCCCAGGCCUCGAUCACACAACAAAGUCCUCAACCCACCGGGUGGCAAAUCCAGCAUCUCUUUCUACUAAAGGAAACUACUACCAGCAUCUUCAGAGUAGAAACUCUUCUGUUAGGGUGUCAAGGUUUAUAGUUUCUAAUUAGUGCAAGUUGGGGUGGGACAGGGAGGGGAGGGGUUGAUGAUUUAUGUAAAGAUUUUCAUGUAGCUUGCUGCUCAAACUUGUCUUCUAGAAACAGCUGGGGCUACACGGGACCAGGAGACACAGAGCCUUUCAGGGAAUAGACAAAACAAAUGUUAUGGGAGCAAGAAGGAAUUCCCCAGGUUUUCAUCCCAGAAUUAAUUCCAAAUAUGAGAGAAUCUUUGAUGGAGUGAAAGAAAAUGGGGAAAGAGUAGGAUCUUCAUAGGUACUAGGAACAUUCGUGAUUUGGUAGGCAAAAAGCAUGGUCCUGCAGCAGAAGCCAUUGGCAGUGUCACUAGGGGACUAAAAAUCCAUGUGAAUAAUAUGUUGGACAGCUGCCCAAGGAAUGCUCCUCCUCCCUUGUCUGGUAAGGGAUACAAGUUGUGUGUCAG